AUGGCGCUAAAAACCGAAGAAAGUCGGGAGUGCAUCGCGCAAACCUCAACGGGGAACGGCGCGGACACGCUGAAAGAGCGCAACAAUGCGGACGCGAACAUUUUUGGCUCCGGACACGUUGGUCCGCUAGCCCGUGACAUGGAAAACCCCUGCUGCCAGACAGCUGCUGCUCCUCAGGAGGAGCUGUUAAACGCUGACUGCCGUGUGGGCGACAGUCGCUCAUUUUCCGCCUGCGCCACAAUCUCAGAAACAGCCAGGGAGCUCUGCAAAGCCGUGUCCGUGUCGCUGGGACUGACCAUGGAGCCCAACGACGCGAGCGACUUGGACGUCGCUUUCCCCCCCUGCGCCGCCAGCGAGCAAACGCGCGGGGAGUAUCUGUUCAUGAAUGUGAACUGUCCCGGUGGCGCGUACAAGUACCCGGACCGGGACGACCGGCCCCUGCACGGCCAGAAGCAACUGGUUGAGAUGUUCAAAAGUUCCGAGGCGGCCGCGCGUCUCCAACACGUCGGCACCCCGACUCGGACGUCUGCGCACGAGCGCAACUUCGCGCCGUGCGAGGCCGACGAGGUGACUUCGGAGGAGAUCGAGCAUCUGGACGCGGCGCACGCUUCGUCCUGCGAAUACGCGCCGGCCGCGCCGGGCAACUUUGCGCACUUCGGCCGGAGCGCCGCGCCGCGCGCGUGCCGGAUCUACGAGCACCCGGACAGUGCGGCGGACUUCGGAGGAGCCACGGAGAACAAGUUCGGCGGUUACCAGCCGGCGCAGUACGGCGUCAAAGUGAAGUGCGAGGACGGCGAGUCUGCCGGGGCGCCGUGGGCCGGGGUUUACACCCCGAAUGAGAAGUACGACGCCCAGUGUUGGGGCUCCAGGCAGUGCAUGAACGCGCACGGCACGGACACCAACCCCGCGUUCGCAUGCAAUCCACACGAGAGGAGCGUCGUGCGUCCCGAGCAGUGGUACCCCGGCGGGAUGCUGAGGCCGCCGUACCCAAACUCCAACUACGUGAAGACCGAAGUCGGCGAGUGGCUGGACGUCACCUACAAUGACACCAGGUUUGAGGCUGGCAGGGAGCACAUGUUCCCAAUGGAGUUCUUCUUUCCGCCACAGAGGAUGUGCCUGAUUUGUUCGGACGAGGCAUCUGGCUGUCAUUACGGCGCGCUCACCUGUGGCAGCUGCAAGGUUUUCUUCAAAAGGGCUGCGGAAGGCAAACAGAAAUACUUGUGCGCGAGCAAAAACGACUGCACUAUUGAUAAGCUAAGAAGGAAGAACUGUCCAUCCUGUCGGCUGAAGAAGUGUUUCGAAGCCGGAAUGACUCUCGGAGCCCGUAAGCUGAAGAAGAUCGGACAACAGAAAAUCCCGGAGGAGGAACCUCCCCUGAAGGACCCCUUAGAAGUCAUCCAGAAUUUCUCUCCUAAAUCGGGUCUGAACUUCAACACACAAAUGGUCUUCCUCAACAUCCUGGAGUCCAUUGAACCCGAGGUGGUGAACGCAGGGCACGACUACGGCCAACCGGACUCUGCCGCCUCGCUGCUCACCAGCCUCAACGAGCUGGGAGAGAGACAACUGGUCAAAGUGGUCAAAUGGGCGAAAGGAUUGCCAGGGUUCAGAAAUCUCCACGUGGACGACCAAAUGACUGUCAUCCAACAUUCGUGGAUGGGGGUGAUGGUGUUUGCUCUGGGAUGGAGGUCGUAUAAGAACGUCAACGGCAGGAUGCUUUACUUCGCCCCGGAUCUUGUGUUCAAUGAACAUCGGAUGCAAAUGUCCACAAUGUACGAGCACUGCAUACGGAUGAGACAUCUUUCACAGGAGUUCCUGCUGCUGCAGAUUUCUCAGGAGGAGUUCCUCUGCAUGAAGGCCUUGCUUCUUUUCAGCAUUCUUCCAGUUGAGGGUCUGAAGAGUCAGAAGUACUUUGACGAACUGCGUCUCACCUACAUCAACGAACUCGAUCGCCUCAUUAGCUAUCGGAUGGCGGCCAAUUGUCCUCAGCGGUUCUACCAGCUCACCCGACUCCUGGACUCCCUCCAGAUGACGGUAAAGAAGCUCCACCAGUUUACAUUUGACCUUUUCGUCCAGGCUCAGUCGCUCCCGACAAAGGUCAGCUUCCCAGAGAUGAUUGGAGAGAUUAUCUCUGUACAUGUACCAAAGAUGCUGGCAGGUUUGGCUAAACCCAUCUUGUUUCACGAGUAG